CUUACCCCUCCCGGAAAGUGCUUGUUGGUUUAGUGGCAAUCCUCUCAACAUUUCCACUCAGCAACUAUAGCGACAACCAAGUUAAGCAUUGUCAUCAGGUGUCUCCAUCCUUCUUUUACAUCGAUAUGGAGGACACAGCCCCGGCUAUUGUGAUUGAUACUGGAUCUUUGAUCAUGAAGGCUGGCUUCGCUGGUGAUGACUACCCAACCACCGUAUUCCGUAUGUAUCUCAAACGGUCCAAUACUGAAACAGAAGAACUGUUGACAUCUGCACCAGCGUCUGUUGUCGGGAGACCAAAGGACCAUAAGACCUCCGCUGAUGUUUGCGGCAAGGACAACUAUGUUGGUGACGAAGCUCAGUCGAAAAGAGGGAUCCUUGAACUUUGCUACCCGAUAGAACAAGGCGUCAUCACGGACUGGCAGGACGUUGAAGCAAUAUGGCAUCAUGCACUCUACCACGAACUGCGUGUUGAGCCCCACGAGCACCCCAUUUUGAUGGAACAUGCUCUUUUCACUCCCGAUACCAGCAAAAAAAAAAUGACACAAAUCAUCUUUGAAACAUUCAAUGUUCCUGCCUUCCAUGUGGCACUCAACCCAUCGCUGGCACUCUACGGCAUGGGAAGGACUACGGGGCUCGUGGUUGAAUCUGGGGAUAGCGUGACCCACGCAGUUCCACUAGUACAUGGUGGCCAUGAACAGCUUGGAGUCCCAGUCCGAGAUUCGAUAAGCAGACUUGACCUCGGUGGACGUCAUAUUACCGAUUACGUGAUAAAGCUCCUGAGAGAAAGCGGCCACAACUUCGUCCCCACCACGAGUGAGCACGAGGUUGUCGAGAACAUCAAACAUUUGCGUUGUUACACUGCGUUUGACUUUGAGAACGAGACACAAUUGUGGGUGGAAAGGGAGUCAGAUCCUACGUUUCAGCUUCAUGAAAUCUCGCACGAGCUUCCUGAUGGGCAGGUAAUCAACCUGACCAACGAGCGUUUUCGAGGCCUGAAGCUAUGUUUCGGCCAUCGGUACUAG